GAAAAAAAAACAAAUUGGUUUCUUGCAGCCAACAAAAGAAGAAAGACAAACCUGAGCUGGGAAAGUCCACAUUCAAAAACUUAGUUGAGAGGCAAAAAAAUCCACCUGGGGAAAAUCAGACUGAAACCUGGGUUAACGAGACCAAAACUACAGCCACUGCCGGGAAAUCGCACCAGCAAAACUUAGAUGAGAUGUCCAGCUCGCCGUUGUCCAAGAAGCGCCGCGUGUCUGGAUCUGAGCCGAAGACGGGUUCGAACUGCUCCUCUGGCAACGCCGUUCCGAGUGACCCACGCCCAGCGCCCACCAACGGCAUGGCUAAGAAUGGGAGCGACGCCGACAUUGAUGAGGGCCUGUACUCCAGGCAGCUGUACGUGCUGGGCCACGAGGCCAUGAAACGGAUGCAAAACGCCAGCGUCCUGGUGUCGGGGCUGCGGGGGCUGGGCGUGGAGAUCGCCAAGAACAUCAUCCUGGGCGGGGUCAAGUCUGUGACCCUGCACGACUCCGCACCCGCCCAGUGGGCAGACCUGGCCUCCCAGUUCUACCUGCGGGAAGACGACAUGGGGAAGAACCGGGCCGAGGCCUCCCAGCCCCGCCUGGCUGAGCUCAACUCCUAUGUGCCCGUGAGCAUCCAUACCGGGGCCCUCACCGAGGACUUCCUCAGCGCCUUCCAGGUCGUGGUUCUCACCAGUUCGCCCCUGGAGGAGCAGCUGCGGGUGGGGGAGCUCUGCCAUGCCAGAGGCAUCAAGCUGGUGGUGGCUGACGGGAGCGGGCGCUGGGGAGCAGGCCAGCUCUUCUGUGACUUCGGGGACGAGAUGGUCGUGACAGACCCCAACGGGGAGCAGCCGCUCAGCGCCAUGGUCUCCAUGGUCACCAAGGGCUGCCCGGGGGAAGUGACGUGCUUGGACGAGGCGCGGCACGGCUUUGAGAGCGGGGACUUCGUCUCCUUCACCGAGGUGGAGGGCAUGGAGGAGCUCAACCACUGCCCCCCCAUGGAGAUCCAAGUGCUGGGGCCGUACACCUUCAGCAUUGGCGACACCAGCAGCUUCUCCGAGUACGUGCGUGGGGGCAUCGUCUCCCAGGUCAAGAUGCCCAAGAAGAUCAGCUUUAAACCCCUGAGCGUGGCGCUGGCCCAGCCUGACUUCGUGGUGACCGACUUUGGGAAAUUCGAGCGCCCGGCCCAGCUGCACUUGGCCUUCCAGGCCCUGCACGACUUCGAGCGCCGGCACCACCGCCUGCCCCGGCCCCGCAGCGAGGUGGACGCAGCCGAGGUGCUGGCGCUGACCCGGGCGCUGAAUGAGCAGGCCGCGCCGGCGCUCAAGCAGGAGGAGCUGAGCGAGGGGCUGAUCAAGGAGCUGGCGUACCAGGCUGCUGGGGACUUGGCGCCCAUCAACGCCUUCAUCGGGGGGCUGGCCGCCCAGGAGGUCAUGAAGGCCUGCUCUGGGAAGUUCAUGCCCAUCACGCAGUGGCUCUACUUCGACGCGCUGGAGUGUCUGCCUCAGGACAGCAAGGAGGCGCUGACCGAGGAGGCGUGCCGCCCCGUGAGUGGCUGGGGGCCAGGCGGGGAGCAGUGGGCGGAGGUGGGCGCCGGCGCCAUCGGCUGCGAGCUGCUGAAGAACUUCGCCAUGCUGGGGCUGGCCUGCGGGGACGGCGGGGAGGUGACGGUGACCGACAUGGACACCAUCGAGAAAUCCAACCUCAACCGCCAGUUCCUCUUCCGGCCCUGGGACGUCACGAAAAUGAAGUCUGACACAGCGGCAGGUGCCGUGCGUCAGAUGAACCCCAGUAUCCACAUCACGAGCCACCAGGACCGUGUGGGGCCUGACACGGAGCGGGUUUACGACGACGACUUCUUCGAGGGCCUGGACGGUGUGGCCAAUGCUCUGGACAACGUGGAUGCCAGGAUGUACAUGGAUCGCCGGUGCGUCUAUUACCGCAAACCGCUGCUGGAGUCAGGGACGCUGGGCACCAAGGGCAACGUCCAGGUGGUGAUCCCCUUCCUGACGGAGUCCUACAGCUCCAGCCAGGACCCGCCCGAGAAAUCACAGGCCAAGGCUCUGGUGCGUCAGGCAGCUCUAUUACUACACCGGCAGGAGGAGCUGAAAUCCAGCCUGCCCAGCCCCGAGGGCCUGCAGAGCUUCCGCAUGUACCCCAUCGACUUCGAGAAGGUUGCGACGACGACGGCGGCCGUGGUGGGGCUGGUGUGUCUGGAGCUGUACAAGGUGGUGCAGGGUCACAAGCGGCUGGAGUCCUACAAGAACGGCUUCCUCAACCUGGCGCUGCCCUUCUUCGGCUUCUCCGAGCCCAUCGCCUGCCCCCGCAACAAGGUGGGUGCCGCCGUGUGCACCCUGGGCCCCUGGGACCGGUUCGAGGUGCAGGGGGUGCAGCCCAGUGGGGAGGAGAUGACGCUGCGCCAGUUCCUGGCCUACUUCAAGACAGAGCACCGGCUGGAGAUCACCAUGCUGUCGCAGGGCGUCUCCAUGCUCUACUCCUUCUUCAUGCCGCCUGCUAAGCUGCGCGAGCGCCACGACCAGCCGAUGACGGAAAUCGUGACCAAGGUGUCGAAGAAGAAGAUCGGGCGUCAUGUCAAGGCCCUGGUCUUCGAACUCUGCUGUAACGACGACAGCGAGUGCGACAUCGCGCCAGGGGCGGGGCCUCCCCACGCCCCGCCCCCGAGCUCGUGGGGCGGGGUCUCCCACGCCCCGCCCACCGGUUACAGUGAUGGAAAACAUGGACUAAGGGGGAUUCCCCCAUAGGACUGGUCUGAGGUGCAGGGUGGGGGGCCUGUGGGUCCCCCCUGCUGGGAGACCCUCCCCUGUGUCCCGUUCAUGUCGUGGAGGCGCUUUAACCCCGCCCCCUUACUGUUAGUCGUGUUGUCUUGACUCCGCCCCCACACUCCCUCCCCCCCCCCCCGCGCACACUCACUUGCUCACCGAUGGGGGAUGGGGCAUCUCUUGCCCUGCAGCGCUGGUUCUGUAUUUGGGGGUGUGGGAUGCGGGGGGGGGGGGAACCUAGGCCCUGCUGCUGGGGCCAGCGUCCGUCUGUCCAUCUGCUG